AUUUUUUCUAGGCGUUAAUUUCAAGGGUACUGUGAAGAACGUAGCCCUACCAAUAAGAGUCUCAACUCAGGUAAGUUUCCUUCAAAAAAUUCUUUGACAAUCUCCAGAUUAGAGGUAACUGGUUCAAAAAAAAAUGGCCACCAUUGAUGUUCCUAACCAGGUUUCUUUUGUUGAAGAUGCAGAAGCUCUCCGAAAGGCUUGUCAAGGAUGGGGGACAGAUGAGAAGACAAUAAUUUCAGUUCUGGGUCAUAGAAAUGCAGCUCAAAUUAAGCAAAUCAGGCUAGCUUAUGAAAAGCUCUACCAGGAGGAUCUCAUCAAGCGUCUGGAAUCAGAGCUUUCUGGUGACUUUGAGAGAGCUGUGUAUCGUUGGAUAUUGGAUCCAGCAGAUCGAGAUGCUGUCUUAGCUAAUGUGGCCAUACGGAAAACUAGCCUUGAUCACCAUGUGAUCAUUGAAAUUUCAUGCACCAGAUCCCCUGAAGAGCUCUUGGCUGUAAGGAGAGCCUAUCAGGCUCGCUACAAGCAUUCCCUGGAGGAAGAUGUUGCUGCUCAUACAAAGGGAGACAUCCGAAAGCUCUUAGUUGCCUUGGUGUGUGCAUUCAGAUAUGAUGGAGAGGAGAUAAAUGCCAGAGUAGCAAAUUCUGAGGCCAACAUUCUUCAUGAUGCUAUCAAAGACAGGACAUUCAACCAUGAAGAAGUUAUCAGGAUCCUGAGUACGAGGAGCAAGAUGCAACUUCUGGCAACUUUCAAUCGCUACAGAGAUGAUCAAGGCACUUCUAUCACUAAGAAUUUGCUAGGUGAUUCAGAUGCUGCAUUCCUGGUAGCACUGCGAACCGCAGUUCGAUGCCUUAAUGACCCGAAAAAGUACUUUGAAAAGGUUUUGCGCAAUUCGAUCAAAAGGAUCGGAGCUGAUGAGGAUGCUCUUACCAGGGUGAUUGUUACAAGGGCUGAAAAGGACCUGAAAGAGAUCAAAGACCUUUAUCACAAAAGAAACAGUGUGCCUCUUGAUCAAGCUGUUGCUAAGGAAACCUCAGGGGCUUACAAGGCCUUACUUCUUACUCUGUUGGGAAAGGAAGAUUGAAAUCUUUAUUUGGCCAUUUCCAGACUUCUAACAAGUGUUGUUGAUUUGAGUCACUAUUGUCUUGAUCCAGGCUUAAGUUUCUAUGGCGUAACAAUAAUUGUUUAUGUUCAUUUUGUCUGGUUUUAAUGGGGAGGUUGUUAUCCUAAGCAGUUGUCUGAUGGCAUAUU